AUGUUGUUCCCAUUUAUAUUUCUUUCUUUCUUUCUUUCUUUCUUUCUUUCUUUCUUUCUUUCUUUCUUUCUACCUUACUUUUUUAUUUUUUCCAUCUUUCAUUCUUUCUUUCUUUCAUUCUAUCUUUCUUUUUUAUUUUUUUCUAUGUUUCAUUUUUUCUAUCUUUCUUUUUAUUUUUCUAUCUUUCAUUCUUUCUUUCUAUCUUUCUUUUUUAUUUUUUCCAUUUUUUAUUCUUUCUUUCUUUCUUUUUUUAUUUUUUCUCUCUUUCAUUAUUUCUUCCUUUCUUUCCUUUCUUUACUUCGCAUUUAUACUUUCUUUCUUACUUACUCUCUUUCUUUAUUUCUUUCUUUUCUUCUUUCACGAACAAUUUAUUUCGCCUUCAUUCAAUAUUGUUUCUUCCUUUUUUUUUGUAAUAUUCCUUCUUUCUUUCUGAUGUUAUUCUUUCUUUUUGUAACAGUAUUUCUUUAUUCUUUUUUCUUCCUUUUUAACAUUCUUUCUUUCUUUCAUUCUUUAAUAUUUUUCCUUUUUUUAAUUUACUUUCUUUUGCAUUCACUACUUUUUCUUUUUCUUUCUUUCUUUGUUUUCUUCCUUCCUUCCUUUCUUUCAUUAACAAUUUAUUUCGCCUUCCUUCUCCAUUGUUUCUUCCUUUCCUUUUGUAAUAUUACUUCUUCCUUCCUUUCUUUCGUUAUUCUUUCUUUUUUGCAACAAUAUUUCUUUCUAUUUUAUACUGUCCUCGAUGAUAGCGAUUUUUCCACGUGUCAAAUGUUAUCAAUAAAAUCAGAAUACACGGUUGAUUAA